AUGGUGGAUGUUGAGGAUCUCUCUGUGGAUCACGAGCCAGAUCCAAGCGACGUGACGACAUAUGAAGUGGAACGAGCCACCACGGCUCUGAAGCCUCGAGUCGAACACCAGAAGAAAAUUGUCAUGGACAAACUCAAGAAAUUUCGGAAGCAAUGCUCUCGUGAGGAAAAAUACAAGAAAGUUUCAAAGAAGAAGAAACCCUAG